AUGGACUCUGCAUACGAGACGAGCCACAUUCGCAAGCUGCAGGUACAGCACAUGAGGAUGCAGGAGAAGACUUUCACCAACUGGAUCAACAACGUCUUCCAGCAUGGCCGGGUGGGCAUCAAGCUCCAGAACCUGUACACGGAGCUGGCUGAUGGCACCCACCUACUUCGGCUGCUGGAGCUCAUCUCGGGGGAGGCCCUGCCACCCCCCAGCCGGGGUCGCCUGCGGGCGCACUUCCUGGAGAACAGCAGCCACGCUCUGGCUUUCCUCAGGGCCAAGGUGCCAAUACCCCUCAUUGGGCCAGAGAACAUCGUGGACGGAGACCAGACACUCAUCCUGGGACUCAUCUGGGUCAUCAUUCUGCGUUUCCAGAUUUCCCACAUCUCCCUGGACAGGGAGGAGUUUGGGGCCAGCGCAGCCCUGCUGUCUGCCAAGGAAGCUCUGCUGGUCUGGUGCCAACGGAAAACAGCCGGCUACCCCGACGUCGACAUCACCGACUUCUCCCGCAGCUGGAGUGACGGGCUCGGCUUCGGUGCCCUCAUCCAUGCACACAGGCCAGACCUGCUUGACUACUGCUCCCUGCGUCCCGAGCACCCACUGCACAACCUUGACCUGGCUUUCCGCGUGGCUGAGCAGGAGAUGGGCAUUGCUCAGCUGCUGGACCCCGAGGACGUGGCGGCCCCCCAUCCUGACGAGCGCUCCAUCAUGACCUAUGUCUCCCUCUACUACCAUCACUUCUCCCGCCUGCACCAGGAGCAGACGGUCCAGAGGAGACUUGCUAAGAUCCUGAGUCAGCUGCAGGAGACGGAGGAGCUGCGGACCCAGUACGAGCAGCUGGUGGCCGACCUGCUGUGCUGGAUCGCAGAGAAGCAGGUGCAGCUGGAGGCGCGGGAUUUCCCAGACUCCCUAGCCGCCACGCGCCAGCUGCUGGUGGCCUUUGCCUGCUUCCGCACCCAGGAGAAGCCGCUGCGGCUGCAGCAGCGAGGGGCCACAGAGGCCCUGCUCUUCCGGCUGCAGACUGCGCUUCGGGCCCAGAACCGCAAGCCCUUUCUGCCUCACGAGGGCCUGGGCCCUGCAGAGCUGUCCCAGCGCUGGGCAGGCCUGGAGCGGGCAGAGGCCUCCCGGAGCCAGGCCCUGCUGCAGAGGAUCCUACAGCUAGAGCGGCUGGAAGCCCUGGUCCGGCGCUUCCAGCGCAAGGCAGCCCUCAGGGAGAGCUUUCUGACAGACACAGAGUGCAUGCUGGGCCAGGCCGCAGCCGCAGCCCCGCCAGCCAGCCUGGCCACAGUGGAGGCGGCUGCCCAGAAGCUGGGCAUGCUGGAGGCCAGCAUCCUGCCCCAAGAGGGGCGCUUCCAGGCCCUGGCCGAGAUUGCAGACGUCCUCCAGCAGGAGCAGCACCAUGGCUGGGCAGAUGUGGCCUGCAGGCAACUGGAGAUCACUGGGCGCUGGGAGCGACUCCUUGAGCGUCUCCGAGGGCAGAAGAAGCAGAUGGCAGACCUGCAGGCUGUGCUGAGCUUGCUGCAGGAGAUGGAGAACGCCUCCAACCAGCUCAAGGAGCUCCAGGUGCUGGCCAGCUCCACAGCCUGGGGGCAGCAGUUGGCAGAGACAGUGCAGCUGCUGCAGAAGCAGGACCUGCUGGAGGCCCAGGUCUCGGCCCACGGAGCCCAUGUGCGCCACCUUGCCCUCCAGACCGCGGAGCUGGACUCGUCCCCAGGCACUAGUGUGGAGGUGCUGCAGGCCAAGGCCCAGGCGCUGGCCCAGCUCCACUGGAGCCUGGUGUCCCUCGUCAAGGCCCGGCGGGCCUUGCUGGAGCAGAGCGUGCAGCAGGCAGAGUUCCUGCACAACUGUGGGGAGGAGGAAGCCUGGCUGAGGGAGCGCCAGCAGCUGGUGCAGGAGGAGGCCGUGGGCCGGGACCUCAGCCAGAUCAGAGCGGGCCUGCGGAAACACAAGGCCCUGGAAGCCGAGCUGCGCCACCACCAGGCCGUGUGCGCUGAUCUUGUGCGGAGGGGAUGCGACCUGGGUGCCCGCGGGCCCCCCACGCGGCCGGAUCCCCGCGAGAGGGCCGAGGCGCUGCAGGGCGCGUGGCAGCGGCUCCGGGCCCGGGCGGCCCGACGGGGGGCGCGGCUGCAGGCGGCUCUGCUCGUCCAGCAGUACCUGGCCGACGCGGCGGACGCGGCCUCGUGGCUGCGAGAGCAGCGGUCGGCGCUGGCGAGCGCUCCGUGCGGCCGGGACCCGGAGGCCGCCGAGGCCCUGCUGCUGCGCCACCGGCGGCUGGAGCGCGCGCUGCACGCGUUCGGGGCCGAGCUGCGGCAGCUGGACGAGCAGGCGCGGGCGGCCGCGGCCCAGGUGUCGCUCACGGUGGUGUCUGCCCUGAGCUCUCCAAAGGAAGGCCUGAGGCACCUGGGGACCUGGAGUGAGGUCUCCUGCCACUCCGCCCCCCCGGGCACCCAGAAGAUGGCCCUCUCGGCUGAGCCUGACGCUAACUUUGACCCUAACACCAUACUCCAGACACAGGACUGCCUGAGCCAGGACUAUGAGGGCCUGCAGGCCUUGGCAAAGCACCACAGGGCACGGCUGGAGGGGACAGUAGCCCUGUGUGGCUUCCAUGGCUUCUGUGGGGAGCUGUGGUCCUGGCUGGAGAACCAGACAGCCCUGCUCCGAACGCUGCAGCCCCAGGCCCACAACUUGGAGGUCACACAGCUCACAUAUGAGAACUUCCUCACUGCUCUGGCUGUGGGGAGGGGCUGCUGGGCUGAGGUCAGCAGCAAUGCGGAGCAGCUGAAGCAGAGAUAUCCUGAAGAUACCCCCCAAAUCCAGCAACAGCAGGAGGAACUGAGCCGGAGGUGGGGGCAGCUGGAAGCCCUGAAGAAAGAGAAGGAAACGCAGCUGGUACGCACCACAGGUGUGUGCAGUUUUCUGCACAAGUGUGGAUCCACACAGGUCCAACUGCAAGACCUGAUACUCCAGCUGGAAACCCUAGAGCUGGGGCAGUCAGAGGACAGCCACCGUGCCCUGCAACUGGCCCAGCAGAAGAUGCUAACGCUGGAGAGCAGCGUCCAGUACCUGCAAAGAGCGGCCAUGAAAGCGGAGGAGUCGGACCCCACAGAGAGCCGGUCCCUGCAAGAACAGGUGGAGCGGCUGCACGGGCUGCUGGAGCGGGGACAGCAGCAUGUGGCCCGACAGGCCAGGGCCCAGGCCGAAGCGCGGGCGCGGCGGAGCUUCCUGCGGGAGAGUCAGCAUCUGCUGCUGUGGGCGGAAGGUGUCUGGGCUCAGCUGCGCAGCGAGGCGAAGGUGGUGGAUGUGGCCUCAGAUGUGGCCUCGGCCCAGCAGCUGCUGAUGGAGCACAGAGACCUGCUGGAGGAGAUCCAGCUGCAGCAGGAGAGGCUGCAGCAGCUGGAGGCCCAGGGCCAGGCCAUUUCUGCCUUGGACUCCCCAGACUCCCAAGAGGUGGCCCGUGCUCUGAGGCUCCUGAGCCAGCAAGGCCAGGGCCUGCAGGCCGCCUGGGAGCAGCGAUGGCAGCAGCUGCAGGAGGGACUGGAGCUGCAGAGAUUUGGCAGAGAAAUAGAUGGUUUUGCUGCUACCUGUGCCAGCCGCGAGGCCUUCCUGCAGCAGGACAAGCUUGGGGACGAUGUAGGGGAGGCCCAGAGCCUGCUGCAGCAGCACCAGGAGUUUGGGUGGCUCCUGGGUGUCCUUGGCCGUCGAGCAGAGGCUCUGUGGGCACAUGGCGAGAAGCUGGCCCCCAGCCAACACCCUGCUGCGCACAAGGUCCGAGAGCGGCUGCAGAGCAUCCAGGUACAGUGGGCCAGGGUCCAGGAGAGGAGUGAGCAGAGGAGGAGGCAGCUGCUGGCUUCCCUCCGGCUCCAGAAAUGGAAGCAGGAUGUGGCGGAGCUGGUGCUGUGGAUAGAGGAGAAGGGGCUGAGGGCAGCGGAUGAGCCUUCCCGAGAGCCCAGCAACAUCCUGCAGCAACUCAAGCGGCACGAAGCAGCUGAGCGCGAGCUGCUGGCCACCUGUGGGCACGUGGAGGGCCUGCAGCAGGUGGGGAGACAGCUGUCAAGCGACAGGCCCCGUGCCCGGGAAGAUGUGCAGGCCAGCCUCCAGUGCCUGAGUAGCAAGUGGGAAGAGCUGAAGCACAAGCUGGCCGAGCAGGGGGACCGGCUCCGGCAGGCCAGACAGCUUCUGGGGCUGCUGCAGGCUGCCGAGGAGAAGAUGGAGCAGCUGGACGGGGCCCUGCAGAGCGCAGAAACCGGGCAGGACCUGGGCUCGAGCCGGGGGCUCCAGAAGCGGCACGGCCAACUGGGAAGCGAGAGCCAGGCCCUGGCCGGCAAGAUGGCUGCCCUUGUGUCCCAGGCCCGCCAGGGGCUCACUUCCCAGACCAUCGUGGAGCAGACCCAAAAGUGCCUACAGAGGUUCGAGUCCCUGCAGGGACAUCUGGCCGCCCGGCGCCUACAGCUGCAGGCCUCAGUGGAGCUGUAUCAGUUCUACCAACUGAGCAAUGUGGAGCUCACUUGGGUGGCUGAGCACAUGCGCAGUGCCGGCUCUGCCCCAUGCACCAGCGGUGCCCAGAGCUUUUGCCGCAAGCACGAGGAGCUCCGGGCGGAGGUGAAAGCCCACCAGGGACAGGUGCAGCAGGUUCUGGGCUCCGGACGGAGCCUUGCAGCCUCGGGGCACCCCCAAGCCCCCCGCAUCCUGGAGCAGUGCCAGAAGCUGGAGGACCACUGGGCAGAGCUCGAGCAGACGUGUGAGGCGCAGGCCCAGUGCCUGCAGCAGGCUGUCGCUCUCCAGCAGUGUUUGCUGGCUGCGUCGGAGCUGGAGGACUGGGUGAAGGAGAAGCAGCCCCUGGUGAGCAGUCAGGACUGUGGUGAAGACGAGGCAGCAACCAUCAGGCUCAUUGGGAAGCACCAGGCCCUGCAGCAGGAACUGGCUCUCUAUUGGAGCUCCCUGGAGAAGCUUGACCAGAGGGCGCAAAAGCUCGCUGGCCCCGGGGCCGCUGAGCCGCUGGCCGUGGUCCGGGAGAGGCUCCGGGAGCAGCUGCAAGCACUGCGGGAGUGGGCAGCCACAUGGGGCCGGGAGCUGGAGGGGACUCUGAAGCUGCAUGAGUUCAUGGGGGAGGCUGAGGAGCUGCAGAGCUGGCUGGCUAGCCAGAAGCUGGCGGCCGGGCCAGUGGAGAGCCUCGGAGAAGACCAUGCGCACAUCCUGCACCUCCGCACCAAGUUUGCAAGGUUCCAGCACCAGGUGGAGCUGGGCGGCCAGUGGGUGGCAGCCUGCCUGCCGCUGGUAGAGAGCCUGCUGGAGCUCGGGCACAGGGCCGCCCCCAAUGCCCGGCAGAGGCAACAGGACCUGCAGGCUGCCUGGUCGGAGCUGUGGGAGCUGACCCAGGCCCAAGGCCACCUGCUCCAAGACGCCGAGGUCACCCUCAGAGUACACGGAGAUCUGUUGGAAGCCCUCAUGCAGGUCCAGGAGAAAGCCACAGGCCUCCCCAGUGAGGUGGCCCCAGACCUGCGUGGACUGGAGGCCCAGCUGAGGAGACACGAAGAGCUGGAGCAUGAGCUCGUGGGCACUGGGCAGCAGCUGCAGGAACUGCUAGAGGCCGCGAGCGCAGUACAGAAGCUGGGGCCUGGGCCCCAGGCCCACGCCGUGCGGCAGAGGCAGCAGACUCUGGUGCGGGCCUGGGAGGCCCUGAAGCUACGCUCAGCACAGCGCAGGACCCAGCUGGAGCGGGCGUGCCUCCUGGCCCGUUUCCACCGAGCGGUGCAGGACUACACCUCCUGGGUGGCCGCCGUGUGGCAGGAGCUGCAGGAAGAGAACUCCCAGGAGCCCGGCAGUGGCCUUCUAACGCUGCUCAGCGCCCACCGGCAGCUUCGGGCAGAGCUGGAGGCCCGGGAGGAGCUGCACCAGAGGGCCUCCCAGCUGGGCCAGCAGGCGCUUCUGGCUGUAGGGACACCCAGCAAGGAGGUCCAGGAAGGGCUGCGAGCCCUACAGGAUGAGCGGGAGCAGGUGUUCCAGGCCUGGGAGCAGAAGGAAGAGAAGCUGCAGGCCAUGCACCGGGAGCAGCUCUUCCUCAGAAAGUGUGGCCACCUGGACCAGAUCCUCACAGCCCAGGAGGUCUCCCUGAAAACCAGUGCCCUGGGGAACUCAGUGGAAGAGGUAGAGCACUUGAUCCGCAAACACAAGAUUUUCCAGAAAGUUCUGACUGCCCAAGAUGAGAAGGAGGCAGCUCUGUGUGAGCAGGCGAAGACACUUGGGGGCCCCAACGUGCAGGAUCGGCUCCGUACAGUGCUAGAGCAUCGGGCUCGAGUGAAGAAGCUGGCAGAGAGCCGGGGACAAGCCUUGCAUGCCUCUCUGCUGCUGACUGGCUUCACCAGGGCCGUGACCCAGGCCCAGGACUGGAUCGAGGAGCGAGUCCAGCAGCUGAAAGAGCCAAUCCCUCCUGGGGACCUGAAAGACAAGUUGAGGCUCUUGGGAAAACACCAGGCCUUCGAGGCUGAGGUCCAGGCCCACGAGAAGUUCAUAACCUCUGUCACCAAGGACGGCGAGGCUCUCCUGGCCCAGAGCCACCCUCGGGCAGGAGAGGUCUCCCGGAGGCUGCUGGUGCUGCAGGAACGCUGGCGGAAGCUGAGGCAGGCGGUGGCUCUCCGGGGCCGGGACCUGGAGGACAGAUGGAACUUCCUGGAGUUUCUGCGGAGAGCUGACUUUGCAGAGGCCUGGAUCCAGGGGACGGAGGCGAUGGUGAACCUGGGCGACCUGGGCCAGGACCUUGAGCACUGUCUGCAGCUCCGCAGGCGGCUCCGCAAGCUCCCAGGAGUCUGGGCCCGGGACACAGUGAAUGACACCCACAUCAGGAGCGUCAAUGACUUGUCCCUGAAGCUCGAGAACCUGGACCCUGAGCAAGUCAGGACCAUCCACCAGCGGCGACAGCAGCUGAAUAGCAGGCCAGUCCCAGAGUGGGAGGCAGUGGGGCCAGGAGAGGGGGCUGGAGGGCCACCUCCGACUCAGCCUUACACCCUCCUUGGCAGAUGGGAGAGUUUCCAUGGCAACCUACUCUGGUACCAGCUGCAGCUGGAAGGGGCCCUGGAGAUACAUACGUUGUCCCUAGAGCUGGAUGACCUCGCGGAGCAGAUAGGGGAGAAGGCCGCCCUGGUCCAGGCCCCGGACUAUGGGAAAGAUCUGGAGAGCGUGCAGAGGCUGAUCUGGAAACACAAGGAGUUGGAGCAAGAAAUGGGCCUCCUCCAGGCCCGGGUGGAGUCCCUAGAGAGGGCGGUGGGCCGCGUCUGCCAGAGAAGCCCUGGGACAGCCCACAGCCUCAGCCGCAAGCAGCUGGAGGUGAUGGACAGUUGGUGGCAGCUCUGGAGGGGGGCCCAGAAGCGCGGGGAGUCACUGGAUGCCUUACACGAAGCUCAGAAACUGCAGGCCAAGCUGCGGCACUUGGCGGUCUGGGCCCGGGGGCUGCGGGCGGAGAUGGAGGGCCGAAGCACCCCGCGCAGCCCGGCCGAGGCCUGGCGCAGGCUGGAGGAGCACCAGGAGCUCAAGGCCGAACUGGACUCCCGGACAGACAGCAUCAGCCUGGCCCAAAGCACUGGGCAGCGACUGCUUGCAGCCGGCCGCCCAUCUACCCCCGACCUCCGCCAGGCCCUGGCUGAUUUAGACCGGGAGCUGAGCAGCCUGGAGGGGGCUUGGCAGGCGCACCGGCUCCAGCUGCAGCAGGCCUUGGACCUCCAGCUGGUUCUGAGUUCUAUGGAGCAGAUGGAAAGUUGGCUCUGCAGCCAGGAGGCCUGCCUUGCUAGCGGGGGUCCGGGGGACUCUUUGGCCACCGUGGAGACCCUCCUGCAGAAGCACAAGGUGCUGGAGCGGGGCCUGGAGGCUCAGGCUGAAAAGAUCAGUGCGCUGGAGGCCGCGGCCCGCAGCCUGCACCAGGGUGGGCACCCCGAGGCCCAGGGUGCCCUGGGCCGGUGCCAGGCCAUGCUCCUGAGGAAAGAGGCCCUGGUAGAGCGAGCCAGCACCCGUCGCCGCCAGCUAGAGGAGCUCCGGCAGCUGCAGACUUUCCUGCAGGAUUCCUCUGAGGUGGCCAUGUGGCUGAGGGAGAAGAAGUCGGUGGCCCUGGAAGAGGGAUGGAGGGACCCCGCUGUGCUGCAGGCCCACUUGUGGAAGCAGCAGAGUCUCCAGGCCGAGCUAGACGCAAGUGUCCACCACCAACAAAGGCUGCAGAUGGAGGGGCAGAGGCUGCUGCAGGAGGGCCACCCGGCCUCAGAGAGCAUCCGGGAGCGGCUGCGGGAGCUGGGAGAGCUCUGGGACGAGCUGUGGGCCAAGAGCCGGAGGGAGGCAGCCGCUCUGCAAGAGGCUUGCAAGGCCCUGCAUCUCCGGCAGAGCGUGGAGGAACUAGAGAGCUGGCUGGAGCCUGUGGAAGUCGAGCUGAGCGCCCCCAUCGGGGACCCAGACCAGUCUGGGCUGGACGGGCUCCUGGGGGCACUGGGGGAGCUGGAGGCCGCCAUGGACGGGCAGGCCAGGCGGGCAUGGUGGCUGCUGGACCAGGCCCGGGUCCUUACAGGGGAAGGCCGCUGCCUUGCCCAAGACGUGGAGGACCAGGCCCAGCAGCUGCUUCGGAGGUUUGAGAGCCUGCAGGAGUCCCUGCAGGAGCGCAGAGCUGCCCUGGAGGCCCGGAACCUGCUCUUGAAGUUCUUCAGGGAUGUUGACGAAGAGAUGGCGUGGGUGCAGGAGAAGCUGCCUCUGGCUACCGCCCAGGACUGCGGGCAGAGCCUGAGCACCAUGCGACACCUGCAAGAGAAGCACCAGAACCUGGAGAGCGAGCUGAGUAGCCACGAGGCUCUGACCCAGGCCGUGGUGGCCACGGGACACAAGCUGGCGCAGGCCGGGCACUUGGCAGCUGGCUCUGUGGCCGCCCGGGUGCAGCAGCUGGAGAGCGCCAUGGGCUGCCUGCGGGCAGAGGCGUCGCGGAGGCGGCUGCAGCUACAGCAGGCUCAGGAGGCCCAGCAGUUCCUGACGGAGCUCCUGGAGGCAGAGUCCUGGCUGGAAGAACGGGGCUGUGCCCUGGACGUCAAGGAUGUGGGCCAGAGUGCCGAGGCCACACGCGCCUUUCUGCGGCGGCUGGAGGCCACCAGGAGAGACCUAGAGGCGUUCGGCAUGCGAAUUGAGAGGCUGCAGCAGACCGCGGCCCUCCUGGAGAGCAGGCAGAACCCAGAAAGCACCAGGGCGCUGGGCCGGAUGCGGGCGCUGAGGGAGGCCCAUUCAGGGCUGCUGCAGAGGGCGGAAGGCAGGGGGCAAGGCCUGCGGGAACAGCUGCAGUGCCACCAGUUGGAACGGGAGGCCCUGCUCCUCGAAACCUGGCUGGCCAGCAGGGUGGCCACGGCUGAGUCCCAGGACCUCGGGCGGGACCUGGAGGCCGUCAAGGUGCUGGAAGAGAAGUUUGAUGCUUUCAGAAAGGAAGUUCAGAGCCUGGGGCAGGCCAAGGUGCAGGCCCUGAGGGAGCUGGCGGCCUCCCUGGAACGGACGGCCCCCAGGUGCUCUCCCCGGAUUCAGGCGCAGAGGAGUCGCAUCGAGGCCGCUUGGGAGAGGCUGGACAGGGCAAUAAAAGCCCGCAGCCAGAGCCUGGCCACAGCCCGGGAGGUCCGUGGCUUUGAGCAGGCAGUGACCGAGCUCCAGGGCUGGAUGCAGGAGAAGGCCACCCCGAUGGUGAGAGACAUCUGUGACCACAGCUUGUCCUCAGUGCAGACCUUACAGCGACAGCACAGGUGCCUGGAGCGGGACCUGGCAGCUGUGGAGAAGGAGGUGGCCCGGGUGCGGCUGGAGGCCUGCCGACUGGGCCGGCUACACCCCGUGGCCCGGGAGGGCCUGUGCCAGCAGCUGGCCAGGGUGGAGGAGGCCUGGGCCACCCUGAGUGAGAAGGCCCGGGAGCAGGGCUGGCAGCUGGAGCACGCGGCCCGGGGCCAGGCCUUCCUCGGCCGCUGUCGAGAACUGCUAGCAUGGGCUCAGGAGAAGCAAGCUCUGGUUUCUUCCGGGGAGCUGGCUGGGGACGUGGUGGGGGCCAAGCGGCUCCUGGUGCAGCACGCGGAGCUGGGGCAAGAAAUCAGGGAGCACUGCCUUCGAGCGCAGGACUUACAGCGGGAAGGGCAGCAGUUGGUAGACAGCGGCCACUUCAUGUCCCCGGAGGUGACAGGGUGUCUGCAGGAGCUAGAAGGGCGGCUGCAGGCACUCACAGAGGCCUGCGCCCUACGCCAGGAGCGCUGCAAGGAGAACUGGGGCCUGCAGCAGCUGCAGCAGGAGCUGGACCGGGCCGAGGCCUGGCUGGCCUCCCGGGAGGCUCUACUGCUCGACCCCAGCUGUGGGCACACUGUGUCCGAUGUGGAGUUGCUGCUCUGCAGACACCAGGACUUCGAGAAGUUGCUGGCAGCCCAGGCAGAGAAGUUUGCCCAACUGCAGAGGAAGGCGGGGGUGGAACAGAAGCUGCCACAACAGGGGCCAGGGCUGAACCCCAGGAGUGCUGGCCAUGCGCUCAUCGCCCUCCAGCAGAGGCCCCUUGGAAGCUGGGGGCCCGGAGUACAGCUGGCUGAGACAAGGGACCUGCAGCCAGGUGAUGCAAAGGGUGCCCCCACCGCGGAGGGGUUUUUGGAGCUCUGGCCGCAGCUCCCGCCUGCAGGGAGACAGCCCUGCUCGAGCCCCUGGGAUGGCUGCCACGGGACCCUGGGGAGCAGCUCCCUGAGCCUCUCCUGGGACGAGAGGAGGGCAGCAGAGGAUAUGGCCCCAAUGGCCACCCUUGACCUCGGAGGAGCCCAGUGUGAGAGGCCGGGGAACCAGCAUGGCAGGAAACAUGCUUUCUCCUUAAGGCUGAGCGGCGGGGUGGAGACCCUGCGUGCGGCACCUUCGGAAGGGCAGGCUGAGAGCUGGCAUCGAGCCCUGAGCAGCGCGACUGCUCUAGAGACUGGGAAGUCCAUCAAGGCGCCACCAGAUUGGGGGUCUGCCCACAGUCUGAGCCUGGAGCUCCCAGCCAGACCCGUGGGCUUCCCAGCUGCACAUGCUGCUGAGAGAGUGCCCAGCACCGCCAGCCCGCUCAGAUUCCAUGGCUGUCCCCCGACUUCCUCACUGAGGGAGACGCCCGUGAGUGCCGACGGCCAGCCACAACCCUUGGGGUUCCUACAGGCUGCGGGCCCUGCCCCAGCACCUGCCCACGGCUCCCACUGCCUUUCCUGCCCCAGCCAGGCCCAAGGUAAGGACGGCCCAGGCGCCCACACAGCGCUCACUCCUCGGCCUCCUCUUCCAGUCCGACAGAAGACAGGGCCGGCCUGCCCUCGGCCGCCUCUCCUGCUCUCCCCUGCUCCGACGGGAAAGGGGAGCCUUACUGUCCUAGAGCAGGCCAGCAGUCUGGGCCCUGAAGCAAACCCUGAGGUGGCAGCAAACCUCAGGGCUACAAACAAGGACAACCUCUAG